ACAAAGACACGCGCAUCAAGCACUAUGAGUCAUGUGUUGAGAGCGCUGAGUGCUGAGGGGACUUUGUCAGCACGAACGGGACAGAGAAUGGGCCACAUCAAGCUACAUGGCAAAAUGACCGCGUGCAUCUGGACGCUGUUUUUUCUUUUCUCUGCAUCAAAAACAUCCCAUGUUUCGUCUGAGAUAUUUACGCAGACCCCUGGCAAAGUAGAGGUGAUGGUGGGUCAACCUGUAAUACUGAAGUGCCAUAUCAAAGGUGUUGCUAGUUAUAGUGACGGUGAACGUAUUUACUGCCAUUCUGUCAGCUGGCUAAAAGUGCAUCCAGCAACUGGGAAAAUGGAAACCAUCAGCUUUGAUAACGCCAAUGAAAUUGACGAAGCAUGUGAAGUAACGAUUACCAGUGCAACUCAGAAAGAUUCUGGCAUGUAUUAUUGUUUGGUGAAACCAGAUCGGUAUGCACUGCAUGGCAAUGGAUCCAGUGUCAUUGUUACUGAAAACCUUAAUGUCUCCGUGGAACUCAUCGUCUCGUCUUUGGACAAUGGAAGCAGCACAACCUUGUUCAUCUGCAGGGCAGAGGGGGUCACUUCAUCAGAGGUCCGCAUCGCCUGGAUUGUAAACGGUGAAGAACACUCUGGGUUGACGGAAUCUGUUUGGUCGGAGGGGAAGGAGAUGACCCAGGGCCUCCUCUGGCUGUCUACCUGGCAAUCUGGAGCCCAGUGCACAUGCUCGGUGGAAACCAGAGGCCAAAACAUCUCCAAGAGCCUUCAGUAUAUAGACUCGUCUUUGUGCUCCUCAUACCUGCUCUAUGGAGUCUCCGGUUCAGUACUCUUUGCUAUUGCCAUGGCCAUCUUCUCUGCAGUGAUUUUCUGUCAAAGUCGGAAGGUUAGAGGUAAAGGUCGGCGGGCUGAAAACAGAGGGCCAGAUCAUGGCAAUCGUGGAAGAUAUGACAUAAGAUCGUCCGAAAUGGAGGUGCAGUAUGCUACUUUGGAUCAAAUCCAUUUGGAACAGGCAUCCAGAGCGAGAGUUCAGUAGGUCUGCAAGAACUCACCUCAGCCAAUGCAAAGUUCAGAUGAAUGGAGUGGAUCAGAUGAAUAUGUGACUCUUUUUCCUGUUAUCCGGAAAGCAAACUUUGAUACCUGUUAUAGACCAACAGUUUUGCCUUUUUUGAGUGCAGAAGAGUCUUGGUCCUUGCUAUGGUACUACCAAUACCUAUGCUGACUGAUGUGUGUACAGCAUUGAGGGUUAGCAUAGAGUUAUCAUAUCUGUGUGAUGACAACUAUGAUGAGGCAUGAGGAAUGAGGUAUAGGUGUAUCUAGCAAAGCUUGCAGCAUUGAUACCAUUGUUAACCAACCAAAAGCCAUUUUCGAACGUAUGCAGAAUUCAAAGUCUUUGGUUAAAACACAUAGUAAAAUGGUAAUUGGUAGGUGUAGUUUUGCUUCUGUCAGUCACAAAAGAUGCCUGUGAGCACACGUAUGUCAAGUUUGAGACUCUCCAAUAAAUUUAUGUCUCAACUGCUUGACGUAGGGAGAAAACGUCUUCACUGAAUAUAUUCCACCUCGGAUAUUACAUUCAGUUCUGAACACGACUCUACCUGCAGGUUGCCUGAAUGUGCACAUCUACAUACACAUAUAUUUGCUCAUAUGAGAUGGGUAGACGGAACAACAACAACAACAACAACAACAAAAUGAUUUAGUGAUGUGAGAAAUGGAGCAAAAAACUGGACUAACAUUAGAGGCGGGGGAAUGACCUAAUGUGCUUUUAAAGAAGGAGUCGAGUCUAAACCCCCCCCAUUUUUAUUUUUGGACCCCAAAACAUUUGUGUUUUAGCUUGCUUUUUAAAUUUGCGCUUUAUCUGUUGUAUGCCGUAAUAUUUGUAUAAAUCAUAAUACUUGCCGGUCUGCCUCAGUGUUUUGUAUGCUUAACAACACAACAACAAACUAGAUAGAUUUGAAAGUUAGACACAUCAGAGACCCGAACACCUGUAUUAAAAGUAUCAAAGAUUUA